AUGGAAGGAGGACUUCUGGAAAACUCCAGCCACUUGAUCUGCCUUCCAGGUAAUCUCUCAGUGUCUCUAGAAGCUCAAUGUGCCAGACUCCUCCCUCCUCCUUUUGGCUCUUACAACGUGGAGAAAGGCUCGGGCUGUUCCCUAGGGUCUGUUGUGGUUUUCUCAUGUCAAGUGGGAUAUCAACUAAUAGGAAGCAGAACAACGGUUUGCCUCUUGGGGAACAAUGGUACCCAGUGGAGUCAUCCUGAACCCCAAUGUGAGGAAGUUAUCCCUACCCCACCUAAUCAUGGCUACCAAGGGGCACUGAUCAUCUCUCUCAUCAGUGGUGCCAUCAUCCUUGCCAUCUCCAUCUCAUUUGUCAUGUGCUGUCUGCAAGAAAGGGGGCUAAGGAGCAGCUCUAUGGCCACUCACACCAUGUAUCAUCAAGGGAGGAUGUCUAAUACAGGAAGAAGAGCUGAUCCAACUGACAAGAUGUUACAGAGGCAUGUGGGGGCUAACAGGAAGGACCAGAGACAGAGAGAGAGCCUUGCUACUCAACUAAGCUCCAUUUAUUCUGGCAACCUUACAAUCUAUGACAACUGGGGCUUUCAGAGGAGUCAAGAGGCUCUGCCGUGGGCCACUGUGCAGACUUCGGGUUCUGAAAUCCCACUCUUUACCCCAGUGGUCUUGCAGCAGGGACCCCGGUCCCCUCCUCCCACUUACAUAUACCUACUCCAGGAGCCCAGGGACCUGCCUCUGCUGCUCCCAAUUCCACACUGCCACACUCACCUUCCCAGAGAACCUCAGCCAGCAUGCUCCCGAGGAAACAGCAGCAGCAACAGCGUGGGGGACAGAGUUCAGGAUGAACAGACCUAAAACACCUUCUCUACACAUCCUUUGAGGUUUUCUAAGCAGAUCUCGCAACUAGCUUUUCCCUGAGUCUCCCUUUAAACUUCCUGAUAAAGCAUAGAGCAGAACAAGAAGACAAAAAGCCAGUGAGCCUUGAGAAGAGGAAAAAUGCUUAUGGACCUCAUAUUCUUCCUGGUAUCUUCAGCUUAGCUGAGUUCAGAACACACUCAGAUCACCAACUGGCUCCCUACAGUAAUACAAACUGCUUCACUGGGCUUUUGAAACCAUUCAGAAUUUUUAUCUAGUCUACAUUUCCACACUGAUGAAAUCUUAUUCUGUCCUCCACCCUAACUCUGCAUGCCAGCCUGAUCUUCUUGUAACCCCACAGAUUUGGAAGGGUCUACUCCCCACCUCCAUAUUUUUGUCCAAGUUUUCUUUCUUGCCUAGGAUGCUUUUCUUUCUUAGCUCUAUUUCUUGGGCUCCUUAGUUCCCUUUAAGCUUUUCCUCAUCCUCCAUGGAUUUUAGUGUUUUCUCCCCUCUGCCAUCUCCAUUAUCACUUUGCAUUUUAUUUUGUACAUAUUUUGAAUUUACUUAUCAGCAUGCAUAUUUUAUUUUUGUAGUCCAGUGAACAUAAGUUCCUUGAAAACAGGGACCAUUCUGUUUUAGUCUUUUAAUCUGCAAUGCCUUUCACAUAGUAGUUGCUUUUAAAAUAUUUGUUGAAACGAAUUGAAAAUGCAGCACUUUUGCUUGCCAUCUGGGGGAGGGGGUGGAGGGAGGGAGGGGAAAAAUCGGAACAGAAACGAGUGCAAGGGAUAAUGCUGUAAAAAAUUACCCUGGCAUGGGUUCUAUCAAUAAAAAGUUAUUUAAAAAAAAAAAGAAAAAGAAAAUGCAGCACUUUGACCUGCAGGAAAGAAUUCUGAGGGGCUGAGGGAAGUAGAGAACCUAAGUCUCCAAAUCUAUGAAAGUAUAUUGUACAGCUAAGAAUCACUAAGGGGCUAGAUCAGAGGAAGUUGGUUCAAAUAUAGCACAAGAUUUGGAAAACUUCUCAACAACUUGGACGAGAUGCUGGAAUCCUUCCUUACAUAUUCAGAGAGAAGCCCCUACUUGUCUAGGUUAGCUUGGGGGGAAUAGUCCUGUCCAGUGAUAGGAAAAGUAGCUAUUGAAAUUAAGGUCCUACUAAAUGAGCAACAUUUAAAUUAACCUGGAUUGUAGAGACCAUUCCAGCCACUUAGUCACUCAUUUGUAGGCUGCAUUUACCAAUCAGAAUACAACCAACAGCAACAUGAAUCAAGUUCACUCUUUAAGCUGACUCAUGGGUGCCAAAACAGUUGCAAAAACCCUUUCUAUUUUUUAUCUUCUCAAACCAGAUCAGGGAGCAGAGUAAGGAAGACUUUAUGUAAAGCUGCUUCUUUUAUUACCUCUAGGGGGCACUGACAGGCACUAAUUUGUUGCUAAAAGCUCUUAGUAAAUGAAAUCAAUUCUCUAAAAGAAAUUGCUCAACUAAAGCACUAUCCCUACUCCUGCUUCUAAAUGCAAUAGUUCCAAGGAAGCAGCUUUCCAAACCAGCCCCAAGCACGUGUACAUACAUCACACACACACACGCCCAUGAGCUGCUUGCCUUCUUGUCAUCCUCAAUAGCUUUCAUGAGAGCCUGCUGGCUCCCACUGACUCAUCUUUCAUUUAUAAAGUCACACAUUUUUCUUUUAAAUUGGCAAUCCCUAUAAAGCCACACCUAUGUUUCUAAGGGGUCAUAUAAUUUUUCAUUUUCUUAGAUUUUCCCUCUUUAGUGAUAAAGCAACUGUAUGUAAAUUAGGUACCCCUCAUGCUUUAAUUCUGUAGUCUUCAAGGAUGUAAUAGUGGGUCUCUUUGAUGCUCUUGUAAUUUGUAUUUCUUCACACUCAGUUCUCUAUUUAAAAACUAAAAAAAUUUUAAAUGAAAUCUUUCUUUGCCUCUUUAUAACAUUAAACUGUACCCACACAAGUGAGAUGUAGUUCUACAUCAUUAAUAAAGAGAUCCCAGUCCUCAAAUCUAUACUACAGAUGAUUUUCUCUCCAGAAUCAUCAAAAAUCCAUCUACAAGCUGUUUCUCCCCACGCACUGUAUUGUAGCAGUUUAUAUCAAAAUAAAGUUCAUUUUUCAUGCAUAUACAGAAA